UCAGCACGCAUCACGCCUGGAGGGCAACUCCUUUACAUGUCCUCCAUGAGCUGCACAUAUUGCUGCAUCUCCACUCCCCGAACCACUCCUGCUGCUCGAGCCGCGAGCCGGAUCCGAGCCGCUGUGCUGGCAUGCUUCUACUAGCUGUGACGGAUGCAUGGGCUACACAGCAAGCGGUGGCCAAGCCAGCUUUUCCUCCCGUCUCUUUUGCAUUCGCACUCCUUGUAAUUUUACAGCCUACCCUCACUUCCCUUUUCCAAGCAAUGCGCCUCACUUCGGGACUGUUGACCCUCGCCCUCGUGUCGCUGUCGCUGCCAGCCAGCGUCCAGGCCGAGGAGAGUGGAGCCGCCGAUGCAGUCUCCCCGACGACAAUGGCAGAGCAACAAGCCGUGACACCACAGACGACCGCCGAUCCCACAGACCACUCGACCGACAGCGAAAACGCAGCCCGCGAACACAAAACUGCAGUAGCUCCAAAAUACGGAUUCAAGACAAAUCGGGAUGCAUUGCCGCUGCUGCCCAAGGCUGUGCGGCCAUAUGUGCGCAGGGUCAUGGCGUUUGUCGCCGACUGGGUCGAGCCAUCCGCGCGCGACAGCAAAUCGUCCUAUGUGCAGAGAGUCAAAGAGCGCCAUACCACGCAGCCAGCCAACGUCCGCGAGGCAAUCAAUACCCUGACUGCGCUUGCCGAUCAAGGAUACGAGGACGCGGUGUUCACCCUGGCAAGCAUGGAGAUGCACGGCCGGUAUGGCAGCGGCGUGGACCUGCCCGGUGCCUUUGCCCACUACCAGCAGCUGUCAGAGAUCAGCGGAAAUGCCACUGCCCAAUACAUGCUUGGGAUUCUUCUAUGCCACUGCGCUGGGUGGUGCUUCCGCCAUCUGGCCGGAAUCGGCACCACCAUGUCGUGUCCCGACGCACUCAGUCACUACCUCUCGGGCCCUCCGCUUGGCCGACAUCUGCCCUCGUACCGGGUGCGACUGUCUGACGAACAUGGGGGCAUAUUCGGCGUCAAGACCAGCCCAAAUUCGAUCCGCAAAACUGUCAAACGCGACGAAUUUAACGAAGUUGUCGAGUACCACCAGUUCAAGGCCCGCAAGGGCGAUCUCCAGGCCUGCGUUACUUUGGCUGACCUGUACUACCACGGCCAUCGAUAUAGUCCCCGCCGAUUCUCCACUGCGUUGACAUACCUAUCCGAAGUCAUCGCCAAGGGGUUCACGGCCAAUGGCAAGAUCAAGCAGUCGCUCGAUCGCGGGGACAUCCAGGCAGCAGCCCAGGCGGCUGGCAUGUUUGCCACCAUGCACUGGCGCGGCGAGGGCGUGCCGUGGUACAAGAUUGGUGCCAGCCUUGGGCACGGCGGAUCUCUCAACGCCCUGGGCAGGAUGUACGAGGAGGGUAUCGAAAUCCCGGCCAGCCCGGAGAAGGCCAUCGACUAUUUCAAGAAAGCCGCUGCCAAGCAGCAUCCUGGCGGCCAGGUCAACUAUGCGCUGGCAGUAAUCAACACCAACCCCCAGGUCGCAUACGCGCAGUUCAUCAAGGCUGCCGAGAGCGGCAACAUCCUGGCUCACUACUACCUGGCUGAGAUGUACAACCACGGCAUUGGUGUGCAGCAGGCGUGCAACAUGGCCACCACACACUACCGCUAUGUGGCUGAAAAGGGCGACUGGCAGCAUUCGCCCAUCCCUGACGCCUACGAGUCAUACACGGCGGGCAACAUGGAGAUGGCAUUGAUCGGAUACAUGCAGGCAGCCGAGAUGGGCUACGAUGUCGGCAACCUCAAUGCUGCAUAUCUGCUGGAGCACGUCCCUGGCCUGCAUCCCGAUGAGGCACAUACACUGGCGUGCAGCCAAUGCAAGCUGGCUUCCCAGAAGCCCAGUGAUGCACGACCGCAGACAUGCGCGUGCCCCAAGCCGCUAUUUAAGGACCGCCAAACACAUGACUUCCAGACCCUGACAUACUGGACCCGUGCGGCGAACCAAAAUGUGGCCGAUGCACGUGUCAAACAAGGCGGCCACUAUUAUUACGGCCGUGGCGUGCGCCCGAGCCUUGAGCGUGCUGCUGCUGCGUAUACCAUCGCCGCCGAGGGCGAGGGCAAUAGCUUUGCGAUGUGGAAUCUGGCGUGGAUGUAUGAAAACGGGAUUGGCAUGAAGCGCGACUUCCAUCUAGCCAAGCGCUGGUACGACCGCAGCCUAGAGGUCAACGAGCACGGCAAGUUGGCCAACCACUUUUCGCUGGCCCGUCUGUGCCUCAAGUACCUGUGGGGGUGGGCGACUGGCGAGGAUGUCGGCGAUGGGCCACUGUUCUUUACCCCGAAGCCUGUGUCCAAGGAGGAGGAGGAGGCGGCGAUUGCAGCCAUGGCCAAUAGAGCCAAUGCGAACGAUGAUGAUGGCGCUGACAUCCGCAACAUGGAUGAUGCGCAGGGCCAGGACGACGAUGCUUGGGACCAGCCGGCACCACCGCGCCAGCAGCAGAACCAGGAUGACGACGCUAGACUGGACGGCGAUGACGACGACGAGGUAUCGCUGGUAGAGAACCUGUUCUUUGUCAUGGUACUGGCGCUGAUCGGCUGGGUGUUUGUCAGAAAUGCUCAGCAGCCGCGCCCACCACCACCGAACCAACAGCAGUGAAGGCAGUGUAGUGUGGAUUCUAGUUUCAUUUCGGAAUAAAAUAACGC